AUGGAGGAGAGAAUGGAGGAUAGGGUGAAUAUGAUAAUGGGGGAGCUAGAGAGUAUGAGAGGAAGAGAGGAGGAAUGGAGAAAAGAGAAGGAGGAAAUGGAGAGGAGAAUUGAGGAGCUGGAGAGAAAGUGGGAAGGGAGUAUGAGCAUAAAGGGAAAGGGGAAGGGAAUGGAGGAAUUGGAGAAGAGGGUGAAGAAGCUGGAGGAAGGGGGGGUGAAGGGAGGGGAGGAUAAGGGGGUGGAGGAGAGGGUAAGGAAGAUGGAAUGGUCGUGGGAAAGAAUGGAAAGGCAGGAAAGGAAAAGAAAUGUAGUGGUGAAAGGGUAUAAAGGGGAGGGGAAGGAGGUGAGGAAUGUGAUAGGGGAGAUAUUCAGGAGCAUAGGAGCGGAGGUGAAGGUAGAGGAGGCGAGAACGAUGAGAACGGGAAGAGAAGAGUGGGGGGAGAUGGCAGUGGUGAAGCUAGAGACGGAGGAGGGGAAGAGGGAGGUGAUGAGAAGGAAGAAAGGAUUGAGGGGGGGAAAGGUUUGGAUAGAAGAGGAUUUGACUUGGAGAGAAAGGCGGGCUAGAUGGAGAUUUAGAGAGGCGGUCAGGGUGGAGGAAAAGAAGGGGGCGAGGAUUUGGAUGGGAGUGAAUAGGGCGAUGAUAAACGGGGAGUGGUGGUUCCGGGAUGAGAAGGAGGAGGGAUUGAGGAAGGGGAAGGCAUUCGGAAGAGGAGAAGAGGGUAAUGAGGCAUCGGGGGAAGGGGGAGGGGGGAUUAGGUAG